CGGCUCCGGGAUGGGGGCGGGGAGACCGAGCUCCGGCGCUGACGCUGUCCGGGCUCCAUGAAGCGGCGCGGCAGGCCCGGCCUGGCGGUUGCCAUGGGCAGCGCGGUAGCAGCGCUGCUGGUUUUCUAUUGCGCGCUCUCGGGAUCCCAGGUAUUAAGAGCAAUUGCUUUUUACUCCCCGUGGAGAAUAGAACAACAGCUUUACAAGCUGGAUGUAGGCUGGCCUAAACAUCCAGAAUAUUUCACUGGGCAAACAUUUUGUGUUGCUGUUGACCCUCUCCAUGAUCUGGUCUAUGUUGCACAAAGAGGGACUAAUGUACCUAAGGUACUAGUGUUUUCAGAUGAAGGAAAUUUCCUGCAUGCGUGGAAUUCCACAGUUGAAAUGCCUCAUGGUAUCUUUGCAGUCAGCACCUCUACAGAUACCUCAAUAUGGAUCACAGAUGUUGGAAGCGGAGAGUAUGGGCACACAGUUAAACAGUACAGUCCUUCUGGGAAACUUAUUCAGAUCCUGGGUACUCAAGGUAAAGCUGGAUCAGGUUUAAAUCCGCUGCAGUUCGAUCAGCCAGCAGAAAUAUUUGUGGAACAAACAGGGGAGAUCUACAUUGUGGAUGGAGAUGGAGGGAUGAACAACAGAUUAUUCAAACUGUCCACAGAUUUCCAGGAGAUAUGGCUGCGUGGGGAAAAUGGUACAGGUGCUGGUCAGUUCAAGAUUCCUCACAGUGUCACAGUGGAUUCUGUUGGACGGGUGUGGGUUGCUGACCGAGGAAACAAACGAAUCCAGGUUUUUGAUAAAGUCACAGGGGAAUGGCUGGGGUCCUGGAGUAGUUGUUUCCUAGAAGAUGGUCCCUCUUCUGUCAGAUUAACUACCAAUGAGAAAUAUCUAAUUGUAGCUCAGCUGAACAUUAACAGAGUGUCUGUCUUGGCAGCACCACCAAUAGGAUCCAUUGGAGAUUGCCAUGUGGUAAACACAAUCCAGCUAGCUGAUGAGGUUAAACCACACCUUGUGGAUGUAAAUGUGAAGACUGGAGCAAUUUAUGUUGCAGAAAUUGGUGCACAACAAGUACAAAAAUAUGUACCCUUAAACUAAUGGUUUUCUUUGGUUCAUUUAGCACAAGCCAUUUCUUCUGGAUUACAAGACCGGUGCUGGAUUUCCUUACGUUCAUUGCAGACUGUGCUUCCACACAUAAGCACAGCAUGUUGCAGCACUAGAAUGCAUAAAAUAACUGUUUUGUGACCUGCUCUCACUCUUAUUUUCUUUGUCAAACUCAGGGAGCUAUUUUCUCUUAACCUGUCAUUAUUUGUCUUUACUGGCAUGUUUUGUUUCAUUUUUGUUAGUUGUUGGAAUUUGGAGAAUGCAUUUGAUAUGCAUAUUAGUUCCACUUAACCAUGUUUUACCCUGCUUUUAACUUCAAGGUAGUUUUUCCCCUUGUCUCUUGAUAAAUCAUAAGACAUUAGGUUUGUCAUUAUUCUGCUAGUCUAGACAUAAUUUCCACUGUUAAUCAAUGUACACUCUACCUCCAGUGUCCGAGGUGAAUCUUGUGACUUCUUUGCCUAGCCAGUGCACUCUGCUACCUCCUAACGUCCUAGCUGGCAGAGAGAAAUGUCUACAUAUUUAAUUUUCCAGAAGCCUUGUCCACUUGAGGCUCUGGACUCUAGCUUAACAUUGCUUCAGGUUUCCUUGACUCUUUAUGCUAACAUUGUCCAACUCAGAACAUAAAGAUGCAGCAUGUCAUAGUCUCCUGGGCUUCAAUGAGACCUUUGAUACUUACGGCCAGUGCUGAGGUAUUAGCAUCUCUGGCAUCUACUUUAGGUAAUCAUUGAUACCGCUGUUGACAACAAAGGCAUCAGUUCUUUACUGAUUUAAGCUAACUCCAUAUAAAGCACUUUAAAUGAAAUUAAGAGUAUCUUCACAAUGAGGUGACACUGAUUUUUAACUAACUGAAUUUCUAAAUUGAUUUAGUUAAAAGGGUACAAGUUUUAUGUGUAAGCAAGGCCUCAAAGUAGAAUGUGGUGAAGUUUAGCACAUCUGAGAAUCCUGAGGCACAUACUGGGGAUUUACUAGGAGACUUUUAAUCAGCCUUAGGCCUGGAGACCUAUAACAUGCUUUUGUCCUCUUAAUCUUGUUGAAACUCAGACACAUUGGCUACAGCAAUAUUUGGCCUUUGGAUUCUUGUUUUUAGAGACCAGUCUGAUCUUUUAUUCUGCCUUCAGAUUUUCAAGGACAUUCUUUCAAUACUAAGCUGUGACUUUCCAUUUCUUUUUGAGGGACUUCUGCCAAUACAUCAGCAGCUGAUUUCUCUUUAGCACAGAACUUGCAAACUUCUUUGUGACUGUUCCAGAGUCAUUGUCUUCAUACUUGCUCCCCUGAAUCUAGUUUUGGUUUUGAGUUGCAUAAAUUAGCUUCAUUAUCUUCUCCAAAAAACAUACACCAGCAUCUUUCUGUCCAUCCCUUCCCUAGUCCACAGUAAUUCCAAAGCCUUUUAGGUGUUGCUGUACAGCCUUUCAGAGUAUCCUCUCUUCAGUGUAGAAGGGGUGAAAAAAGAGCACCAGUUCUUUGAUACAUUUCUAGUGGUAAAGAAUAACUCUCCUGGUGAAAGAUUGUGGGCCCAUCCUCCUUGUUCAGUCAGGAGCUAUGAAUGCGUUGCAGAAUGAUCUGGGGGAUUUUUUCCUUUUCUUUUCACAUAACUAUCCUGAUUCCUUGGCUAUUUUGGGUGCUAGUAGUAGGUCAAGAGAGGCUAAGCUGUUCCACCUCCCCAGGUAAGGAGUAUGGGAAGUGGAACCAUGGUUCACCAUCAUGGAUGUCCCAGCAGUUGAAUGUUGUAUUGCUUAGUUCAAUACCAGGUUCACUAAAAUUGAGGUUUGUUCAGUUUACCUUGAAGAUUUUUUUUGCCAUGGUGUCCAGAUCCUUAUGUAACAUAUUACAGAAACAGUCUACGUGAAUCAUCAAGGAAGAGUCAGAUUUGGUUGCCAUGUCUGGACAUUAUUGCUGCUUUGGAACCAGGCAAUCCUGAACAAAGAGGACUUUGUAUAGAUGGUUGUGAUAUUGAAAAAGACACUGUACUGGCAGAUACCUUCAGACUGGCAGCUCAAGAAGCCUUCCAAGUGAUGCAGAUCAUGAAGUUCUGCGUGUGCCUUAGAGAUUUGUCUUUGAGACUUGUCACUCAGACAUCAAUUUUUUAAAACUAUUUUUGUCUGACUUUUGUUCCCUCACUCAUCCUUGGAAUCAGUGGGAGCUAGGUGCCUAAAUGCCUUUGAGAAUCUGGGCCAAAGUGUGUUUGUUCAGUUUAUAGGAAUUUGCGGUAUGAACAGAUGUCACCUGGUGAAUAGUAGGAGGCUAUCAAACUCCUUUUCAAUGCUAUACUUGUGACCUAGUUCAAGAGGUGACUGAUAAGUGCUUGAAAUUGAUUUAUUAAAAAUAAUUGAGAAAAAUUACAUUUUAGCAUAAUUUGACAAAAAAUGAAUAAGGCUUUCACAAUGGGGGACCUUAUGGCUUAAUUUGAAAGUGCUCCUCAUUUCUGUAGCUUGGUGUGAUGACUUUGGCUGCAUGGGAUUUUUUGAUCUGGGGGGAAAUGGGGGAAAAAUCAGACUGGUAAACUUGAACUGUUCAUCUAAAUUACAAUGUUUUGUAUAAAAAAUGUUUUUAAACACAUUUUGCCUGAUUUGCACACAGCUUAGUAAAAUUUCUUACUUGGAAGCUAAAAUUGUGUGUCCCUUUUCCCUUCCUACCUCACUCUUGUGACUCUCACUCUGUAGGACAUCAAUAGUAAAUUGAAAAUGGAUGCAUACAUCUUAAUUAUUACAGUUUAUCAUAUGUUUCCCUCAGAGUAAUUACUAAUAUGUGAUGACUGAGUUACAUAAGCCUUGAUAUGAAAACAACAAUAUAAUCAUUUCCAGCUUCAUUGAGUCUUUUGUAGAGGAUUAGACUAAUUCUUUAAAAAAAUCCAGAUAUUAAAUUAAGAUUGAAAUCAAUGAGGGAUUUAAAGAGCUCAAAUCGUUCAGCUUGUCAAAAAGAAGAUCAAGUGGUGACUUGAUUAUAAUGUAUAAAGUACCUUCACGGGGAGAAAAUACCAGGUACUAAAGGGCUCUAAUUUAGAAGAAAAGAGCAUUACAAGAACUAAUGGCUGGAAGUUAAAGCCAGACAAAUGCAAAUUAGAAACAAGGCACACAUUUUUAAUAGGGGAUGAACCAUUGAAACAAACUACCAAGGGAAAUUGUGGAUUCUCUGUCUCUUGAUGUCUUCAAACCAAGAUUGGAUGAUUUCUGGAACACAAGUUAUUGGGUUCAAUACAGGAUUAACUGGGUGAAAUCAAAGACCUAUGUUUAUACAGAAGGUCAUAGUAGAUCUAAUGGUCCUUACUGGCCUUAAAAUCUAGUGACUGAAUUUGACUACAACAACCUUCUUUAAAACUCUCUCAAGGUGAGCAACACUGUGUUUGUUUCUGGUUGGGUGAGUAAUACAUCAGAAGGGUAUUUUUACUUGAUUAUUCUCAAUAUAAGUGUGAGCGAGCAGGUAAAUUUUAAUAACAGUUUUGUGAAGCUGGACUUCCCACACUAUAAGGAGGAUGGAUGGGUGGAUGUUUGUUCUGAGUUAAUGUAACCUAUCUUACUUUUCUUGUAUGUACCAAUAGUACCGAUCUUUCAAAUAAACAAUUUCUGUAGUGCCAGAGGUGGUAGUUCUUCCUCAAAAUAAGGUUUAUUUAUGUAAUUUA